AUGAUAGCUUAAAAGAUCGAGAGACAUUUCUUGCGAACAGUCCAAGCAUAAUCAUAAAAUAAUAUGAAUUUAAUUGAAUAAGUACGAUCCAUACUGAUUUUUUUGUAGUCCGAUUCAUUAUUUUAAGUUGAUAAAGAAGCCUUUAAGUUAUGUUAAAACAACGCUAGAUCAAAAAAAAAUGUACCUAACAAGUAAACUAAACAAAGUUAGACAUAAACUUAACUUUAAGAAGAGCCUUUUUUAAGAGGAAAUGAUGCUUAGAAUGAUUCAUAAGUAAUAUAUUUGAGCUUAUUUCUCUAGACUAUCACACCUUUAGCUAUUCCAGAAGUUUAAGAUCAUGAAUAAAUUCCUAGUUUUGAAGAUAAUCCCUUCCUAGUUUAAAAGUCUAAAAAGUAUUGUCUUUCAAAUCAUUUUCUCAGUAAAUAGAACCUGAUCAAAAGAAAAGCCAUUCACAAAAGAUAUAAGUCUAAUCAAUUAUCAAUAACCGCUAUAGACAGUAAUAAUUCUCUUCCAACAGAAUUGGAUUUAUAAUUAAAAGAAGAAACUAUAAAAAAGAGAGGAAAAGACAAUAUAUCAUUUAUAAACAGUCAAAAAUCAAAUCAUGUAUCUAAGGAACAAUUCAAAGAAGGGGAACUAAUUAAAUAAAUUCAAAAUGAAGAUUUUAAUAAACCAAAAAAAAGAUAAACUUAUUAUACUGAUAAAUUAAUAAGCUUGAUAAAAGGGGAUUUAGAUGAUACAUUUAUGGCAUAAAUGUAUAUUAAUCACUUUAUUCAGACUUAUAGUAUUCUCUAAAAAUCAAAGGGCUUAAAAUAACCAUAAAAUUAUGAAAUUUUAGAUAAAAUCAAACCAUAAAUUAGUAUUGAAUUAUAUAUUAUUUUUUAGUUCAAUAAAAAACAUUAGUUAUUGAUCUAGAUGAAACUUUAGUCCAUUUAAAUGAAUUCUAUCUAAUGCCCAAAGAUCUAGUGAUAAAUAUUAACUUAAACAAUGGAUUAAGAGUGAACGUAAUAAAUCAAAUUAUAUUAAAUUAGGCUGAAAUUAGUGUUCGACCCUACGCUCAGCAAUUUUUGGAAAAUAUGGCUUAACAUUUUGAAAUUAUGAUAUAUACAGCCUCAAAUGAAGAUUAUGCAAAUUAGAUAAUCGACUAUUUAGAUCCAACAUAGUAAUUGGUGAAAUAUCGUUUCUAUAGAAAUGACUGUAUAAAUCUAUCUUAAGGAUGUCAUAUAAAAGAUUUAAGGACUUUAAAUAGAAAUUUGAAAGAUAUAAUAUUAGUAGAUAAUUCAGCAUAUUCUUUUGCAUAUUAGCUGAGCAAUGGAAUACCAAUAAUUCCAUAUAUUGAUAAUAAAAAAGAUGAUGUAAUAUUUUGAAAUAUAAAAUAUAUUAGGAAUUAAUAGCAUUAGAAAAUUAUUUAAUAGAGUUAUUAGAGGUUGAUGACAUAAGAAUAGAGAAUGAAAAGAAUUUUAAAUUGUAACAGAUUUAAAAUAGUAGCUCAAUUUAGCAAGCAGUUAAUCACUUGAUGUGUAAUAAAAAGUGA